UGGUCUCAGGCUCCCUGCUCCGGUGCAGAAGAAAGGACAAGGGAGCCCGCGGAGGGCACCGCCAGCAGCACUGGUGUGGGGGGCCCGCCCUGCAGGCCCGCGCCCCGCCGAGGCUGGAGCCCCUGGUUGGCGCCGCAGCUGGCCCCAGAUGAGGACACAGACCCAGAGAAAAGUCAUGAAGUAUGUUGAGAGCCAGGAUCUCCUAAACCAGUCCGGACUCUGAGGAAGCACCAGGCUGGCCACUAGAGGGGAUAAAAUGGCAAGACGGUGCCCUGCCUUCAGAUGCCCACCAGCCUGCACUCCUCCCUCCUAGUCCCUCAGGAACUGUCAAUCCUGGUCCCCAACACCCCCUGCUGACACGUCACCAUGGCAGCCCUGAUUGCAGAGAACUUCCGCUUCCUAUCGCUCUUCUUCAAGAGCAAGGACGUGAUGAUUUUUAAUGGGUUGGUGGCACUGGGCACAGUGGGCAGUCAGGAGCUGUUCUCCGUGGUGGCUUUCCACUGCCCUUGCUCGCCCGCCCGGAACUACCUGUACGGGCUGACAGCCAUCGGUGUGCCUGCCCUGGCACUCUUCCUCAUCGGGGUCAUCCUCACCAACCACACCUGGAACCUAGUUGCUGAGUGCCAGUACCGGAGGACCAAGAACUGCUCGGCUGCCCCCAACUUCCUCCUCCUCAGCUCCAUCCUGGGCCGUGCAGCCGUGGCCCCCGUCACCUGGUCGGUCAUCUCCCUGCUGCGUGGUGAGGCCUACGUCUGUGCUCUCAGUGAGUUUGUGGACCCCUCCUCCCUCACAGCCGGGGAGAAGGGCUUCCCACCAGCCCAUGCCACAGAAAUCCUGGCCAGGUUCCCUUGCGGGGAGGGCCCCGCCAACAUGUCGGGCUUCCGGGAGGAGGUCACCCGCAGGCUCAAGUAUGAGUCCCAGCUCUUCGGGUGGCUGCUCAUCGGCGUGGUGGCCAUCCUGGUGUUCCUGACCAAGUGCCUCAAGCAUUACUGCUCGCCACUCAGCUACCGCCAGGAGGCCUACUGGGCGCAGUACCGCACCAACGAGGACCGGCUCUUCCAGCGCACGGCGGAGGUGCACUCACGGGUGCUGGCUGCCCACAACGUGCGCCGCUUCUUUGGCUUUGUGGCGCUCGACAAGGACGACGAGGAGCUGGUUGCCAGGUUCCCGGUAGAGGGCACACAGCCUCGGCCACAGUGGAAUGCCAUCACCGGCGUCUAUUUGUACCGCGAGAACCAGGGCCUCCCGCUCUACAGCCGCCUGCACAAGUGGGCCCAGGGUCUGGCAGGCAACGGGACAGUGCCUGAGACCGUGGAGAUGGCCCCGCUCACCUUCUAGGGGUCCUGUUCCCACACUUUGCCAAGUGACAGUACUUGGUCUCAAACUGAACUCCACUGCCUGCUCACAUCAGCAUCAGAAGGGGAUGAUUUUUUCACUUUUUGGGGAAACAGGCCAGGAGCACAAAGGAGCCUGGGGCGUGGAGAGAGCUAGACAAUGGGGUCCACUCCGAUAGGAAGGCUCUCAGACCGAAGAAAUCCCCUCUCCCGCUGCCACCAACCACUCCGUCAACAGCUUUGGAGAAAAGACCCUUUCGCAGAACUGGUCCUUCAUUAACUAUGAUGCGGACGACCUUUUACUGGUGGGACUCCAAGGCCUGGGAAGCCCUGGCCAACAGAACCAGGUGACAGUGAAACUCACCAUUUUGGGCAGUUUAUGAACCUCGUACAGGAUAUUGUACGAAUCCAGACACCUUGUACAGGAUAUUGUGCAGUUAACGUAUGGCGUGACUCAUAUGGUUACCUGGCUCAGCAGUGCUCAGCCAGGAGAUGCCCUCCAAUGUAUGCUUUAUUUUAUAUACUUAAAUUUUUGAUAAAGUUUUUCUGAGU